CCCAUGUAAUCUGUUAAUUCACUCACUGCAUCAUGAAGUUUUAGAAUAACAAGAAUGAGCUGCACAAGCAUUUUGAGAGUACAAUUAAUGUGGGGUGGGCACUGCCCCCUUCCUAGGGCCCUGACUGUGGAAUUUGAAUCCAGAUCUGGAGGGUACUUCUAGUUUUAUAACCAGGACGCCUAGCGCUUUUUUUUCCACUUAAAAACAUUAUGAUGCCCCUCUAAGGAGUUCAAGAAUGCUAAACAAAAACCAAACACUUUAUAGACAGAAGAUAAGUAACGACUAUAUACCCCCUCCUUCCUACAAGUGCUAACUCCUACCGCCUCCUACUUUAUCUCUGUCCAUCUAGCGGUAGUCCUCCUCCCGUGACGUCACUGGAAUUAAAAUCCCAGGCGCCUGGGGUCGGACAAAGAGUGUGAGGAUUCUAUGGCAGCGUUCGGAUGCUCUCUGCUCGCAUUCUAAAUCUUUUGAGGAAUUCGAUUUAAUAUCUUUCUGCAUCUCUUCCCUUAUUGAGCCAGAUCCCGUAGCAGUCCAUCGUUAGCUGGAUCCACGCAGCCUGUGACAUUCUUUACUAAAAGUUAGAUCUUCGCCUGGCUUCUUCAUCAGGUGUCGGGUUACACCAGGACCUCUUGCUAGAAUCCUGACCCAUGACCUCUGUUCUCUCCAUGAUCUGAACACAAACGUUAGGUCAGAGAGUUCGAUCCACAUAGGAUUUUGAACGAUGGGACCCCAUCCGCUGCCCUAUUAUGGAACGGAGGCAGAUCGGUUGUCUGUCUGCAGAUUGCUGGAUGUGACCACAGCAGGUCUGAUGGAACUUCAGCAGAUGAGACAAGAAGCUGAGAAGAGGGUCGAGGGAGCACUGAGAGGAGCAAAAGAGAAGGAGGAAAUGGGACGACCCAAAAUCUACAAAAAUAUGCCAGAAAACGAGGAGGAAUUGUUCUGGGUCAGAACCAAUAUCUCUCAAGUAGAACUAAAAAUGAGAGACAUGGUCAUAAAAGAUCUAGAAGUGAUACGGAAUGAACGAACUGUGAGAUCCAAGACUGUCAGACUAGGAGAACAUCAACUGAGGAUGGACCAAGUCAACUCUAAGAAACCAGAACCAGGGGACUAUCGAGAAGAGCUGGAGGACCUAUUCACAUCAGAUGUAUUUGAGCUAGGGUAUGACCCCAAAGAGAAAAACUCGUCAAAGCAAGAUCUAAAAGAAAAGAACAAAGUUGUUAUGGACCGGGUCAGAGAAAGGUGUAAUGGACUGAUUCCAAUAACGCAACUUAGUCCUGUAGGAACAGAACCUCCAAGAAUUCAUGACAUAAACCUGUCCAGCUAUAGGCGAAUGGGUUCACGGGAGGUCCAGAACACAGAAUGGAUCAGGUCAAGGUCUGCAGAACAGGACCAGUAUGCGGAAGAUGCAAGGUGUGGAAAAUCAAAGCCAAAUGAAAGGAAUGAUAUUCUGUCUACUCUCGAAAGACAGCCAUCACUCUCCACACUACUCUCAGAACUUCCGGCACUACCGAGAACUGGAGCUGGGUCAUUGCCUCCACGCUUCAGAUUGGGGAGCUCUGGGGUAACAAGUGAUCUGCUGUUUACAAGAAGGAUGACUGGAAGCUGCAUAUCUGCACCUAGCUCUGGUUUCUUUGAGUCGAGUGAUUUGGACUCCAUUUCCUCCUCUUGCUCGUCCCUGUGCAGUGAAACAUCCAGUUGUGCCCAGUUUUCGUUGAAGUCCAAUUGCUCUACCUCCGCUGCUAGACCUUGGUCUACAGACUUCACUGCAGAGCGCAGGAAAGAACUACGAAGCGUGAGAGGAAGUGCAAGGAGACCCAUGUCAGCAGGAGCCUUGGAUACAUUUCUUCUCCCUUCUCCUUGCCAUUCAAAGAAAGACAACAUCACUUACAUGGAGGAAGAUAGAACUCUUGAGUACUCCCAGUGUUCCAUACCACCUCAUUCAGUCAUCCAGCAGCGCCAUAGGGUAGAGCGUUAUAUCUGUAAACUGGCACUCAAAUAUCGCUGUAGGCCUGGGUCAUCUACCCUUCCAACAGACCAUGGACCCCCAACUCGUAGGACCUCAGCUGCUACACUCAUUCACUCUGAGUGUCCUUUCAGUCCACCACCUCCUAAAUUCCACUCCCUCUCUGCAAGUGUUGGAGAUGUUCGAAAGGCCCACAGAGGUUCCUGGGGUAGGUUUCUGAGUAAAGUUAUGAUGCGCAAAAUCUCACGAACAGCAGCUUCUGAGAUGAACCUUGAAAUAUGUGGCCAGAGAUCUCAGAAUACCUUAAGAGGCUCAUUUCUGGAAGAAAAUAGACUGCCGAGGGCAAAAUCCUUUCGGGAUCUGCUAUCAGUUAACCUGUUUAAAAAAAAGGGAGGAGAGGCCUAGAUGAAGCCUGGUAACAUCACUUUUGGCCAAACCAGAUGAGUGCAAAUCUUAAUCUGGCUCAACUGGUCAAAGAGCCUGCUGCUGCCCUCGCCACUAAUAUAAACACAGAAAUAUGCACUAAGUGUGAAAACAGUCACUUAAAGAGAAACUCCGAAAACAACUUCAUCUGAGCCAGUUUGGUGCCAGGAGGUCUUGGACACCGUCAUACUUUAAGUGGUUAAAAACCAUUUACAAACAGUAACCCCAAACAUAUGAAAAUGGCGUCAAGCAGGAAGCCUUUGACUGGGCACUGGUGUCCGCUUAUCACUAGCUCCCUAUUUAUAAAAUGGCGUGAAGAAGGUUUGUACAUUGAGAUGAAGCUCACCGUGCCAGAGGGGUCCUUUACGUAAGAUAAAUCUCAAGCUCUUGUGUUAGUUAGUAGAUGCUAUAUAUAUCAGAUCCAAUGGAUGACACAAGGGCUCUCAUUUGAUAGAUUUAUUUGUUUAGUUUUGGUAUGCAUUUCUAGAUUUGAACCUCUGUUUUCCAGUAAAAUGUUGAUCUAGAGUCAAUUCACUGUAUAUUACAUGUUGUACAUACUGACUGUAUGUAAAAUGAAAAGUAUUGAGCACUGAUAUUACAAUAAUGUUUAAUAAAGUCA